CCCUUGUGGUUAGCUGCUUGCACUAAUUAGAAGGCCAAUGUUGAUUUGAUGUUGAUGAAUUGUUCCACCCGGGUCCUGGGCUUAUUGCCUCCUGUAAAACGCUCUCUGUGUUUAUUUUUUAUCAGGCUCUUACUUGCACAAAGCGACACAAAUGCAUCGGGACAUUUUGAGGGGGUUUUUGUGCUUCUCCUGGAAGGGCUUUGAAGUCAAACUGGACCAUGUUGCUCUUUCAACGGAUCCUAUCGGGAUGCUCAGGUGGAAGGUAAACACCCAAGCCCAAUGUGGGCCACAACAAGGCAGGUGAAGAAACCACUCACUGAGUCUUCCACACCCCGCAAGAGCCUCUUUGCUGCUCAGAAGGAUGUUUCAGAGGAGGAGAAGUUACACAUUGGGAGCUGACGGAGGAGCCGACAAGAGUGUCUACAAGACAAGAUCCUUAUUCUGGAAGCAAGAUGGAGGAUUCCCUCGCAUCCCUGAUGAAGUAGAGCACUCACUCAGACAUUCUGGUCAACUACUCCCUUUUCCCUCCGCUGCACAGGGCUGCAGGAUGGACGAGCAGAGGUGCCCCAUGCCCCCGCCCCCACCCCUCAAGACAGAGGAGGACUACAUCCCUUACCCCAGUGUUCAUGAGGUCCUGAGGCGCUGCGGUCCCUUCCCGCUCAUCCUGCUGCCCCAGUUCGGUGGCUACUGGAUUGAGGGGAACAAUCACGAGCCAAAAGAGGCGCCCGGGGCAGAGCCGGCACCCGGCCCCGCCUUCUUUGUCAAGCUGGAGACCAACAAUGCGGCCAAGAUCUACAGGAAACAGUUCAUGGGCAAGGAGCACUUUAAUUACUACACCGUGGACGCCGCCCUCGGCCACUUGGUUUUCUCGUUAAAGUAUGAUGUCAUCGGGGACCAGGAGCAUCUGCGCUUGAUGCUGCGCACCAAGCUGAAAACCUACCAGGACGUCAUCCCCAUCUCCUGCCUUACCGAGUUCCCCAACGUGGUCCAGAUGGCCAAGCUGAUUUGCGAGGAAGUCAACGUGGAUCGCUUUUAUCCGGUCCUCUACCCCAAGGCGUCACGUCUCAUCGCCACCUUCGACGAGCACGUCAUCAGCAACAAUUUCAAGUUCGGAGUGGUGUAUCAAAGGUUCGGACAGACCACAGAGGAGGAACUCUUUGGAAAUGUGGAGGAAAGUCCGGCUUUUGUGGAGUUCUUGGAAUUUCUGGGCCAGAAGAUUGAACUGCACGACUUUAAAGGGUUCCGAGGAGGCCUGGAUGUCGCUCACGGGCAGACGGGGAGUGAGUCGAUCUACACCACCUUCCACAACAAGGAGAUUAUGUUCCACGUGUCCACCAAGCUGCCUUACACAGAGGGGGACUCCCAGCAGCUGCAGAGAAAAAGGCACAUAGGCAACGACAUCAUCGCUAUCGUGUUCCAGGAUGCCAACACGCCCUUUGUCCCCGACAUGAUCCAGUCCAACUUCUUGCACGCCUACGUGGUGGUGCAGCUGGACAAGGCAUGCACGGACUAUGUCGCUUAUAAGGUAUCUGUGACAGCCCGGGACGACGUGCCCUUCUUCGGGCCGGCCCUGCCUGACCCGGCUGUCUUCAAAAAGGGCCCGGAGCUCCGGGAGUUCCUGUUCACCAAGCUCAUCAAUGCCGAGUACGCCUGCUACAAGGCGGAGAAGUUUGCCAAGCUGGAGGAGCGCACCCGCUCAGCCCUGCUGGAGACCCUGUACGAGGAGCUGCAUGUCAACAGCCAGUCCAUGAUGGGUCUGGGCGGAGACGAGGACAAGCUGGAGAACGGCGGCGGAGGAGGCGGAGGCUUCUUUGAGUCCUUCAAGCGGGUCAUCCGCAGCAGAAGCCAGUCGAUGGACGCUAUGGGCCUCAGUAGCAAGAAGUCGCACACGGUCUCCACUAGUCACAGCGGGAGCUUUACCCACAAUCCGCCCGACAGCCCCAAAACAGCCGGCAUUUCACUCAUCAUUCCCGGUAAAAGUCCCACCAGGAAGAAGUCUGGUCCUUUCAGCUCUCGCCGCAGCAGCGCCAUUGGCAUCGAGAACAUCCAGGAGGUGCAGGAGAGGAGCCGCGAGAUGUCCCCCUGCAUCCACAGGACAUCCGACAGCGUACUUCUCUCGCAGGAAAACAGACCGGACAGCUCUUCUAAUCAUGGCUCUCCUGAGUUCCCUGCUGUCAAGAACAGUUUGGGCAUGUGUUACAGGGCGCCAUCCAUUCCUGAGGCCCAGGACCUUUCCCGCUCCUCCUCCAACGCCAGCAGCUUCGCCAGCGUGGUGGAGGAGCACGAGGCCGAGGAGGACUACGACACUGGACUGGAAAGUGUGUCCACCAUGACGCCAAGACACUCCUUGGAUGAAGGAGCGCUCAGUACGAGUCAUGGAGUCUUCUCAGCCACCCGCCUCCAGCAUCAAACUGAGAGUCUGAAGGGACCUGAGUCCAAAGCUCCAGACGGCAGCCCUAAGUCGGAUCGCCCCCCGCUGGAGCACAAGUUGUCAAACUGUUAGCUACACGCUACUGACUCACCACAUCGACGUCCAUUAUCAGCAUUUCUGGGAGAGGCGCCACACGUCGGAAACCAAGCGACUGACAGAGGUCACCUUUGACGCCAGAUUCCGGAACCGUCGGGCUGGGAACUCGCCGCCUGUCCCGACAGCCUCCGACAGGAGCUCAGAGGACUUGAGUCUUGCUUUCAAAAGUCCCCCUUUCAGGGUCACACCUCCCGUCACAGAUGACGUCUGCUCUCCCCACCAGUCAGCAGACAUCUUGGUUUGAUAAGUUUUUCCACCAGUAAGGGAAAGUUUCACCACGUCUGACUGUUACGUGAGUCCUUUUACCUCCUAAUUUAUUCAACCAGCCCUGCUUCAUCUCCCAGCGAGGCCAGAUUGUAAAUGACUCCAGGAACAUUUUUGUAACCCCUGUAAAAAGGCAAGUGAGGUGCAAGUAUGUGUACUGUGGCCCAGCGACACAGCUCAGUUACUGUUUGUGCGUGUUCUGUACAUGGCCGACAUGUUGUUCCUGUGACUCCUUUUAUUAGACACGUGUACAUUGCAGGUCACUCUGUGUCAAGUGUUGCAUUUGUAAGGUGUUCAACUCCACUGUGACUCAUCUUCAAGUUGCCUUUGCCAUGAUGGUGUGAGAGAGCUUCUUAAUCCCGGAAUGUAACAGACUUCCCUUUAAGGCUGCGUUCACCUUUGUGCUUGGAAGGGUUAAAAAAUAUACCUAGCUUAGCCUUCACAUUGGUUAUUUAAGUCAAAACUGACACAAUAAUUAAGGCAGGGAUAUAAAAAAGUUUGUUCUGGUAGGGGUGUCCAAACUACGACUUGCGGGCCGAGUGCAGUCCGCCCGACGUCUUCAAUUUGGCAUACAAAUACAAGGAGUCAGUUUGAUUGCUGUCAUUUAGUCACCAUUUGACAGCCAAAGAAAGUACUCAAGUCACUGGCCAUUAAUUGUACACCGAUGUAAACACACGCACAUAAUUCACUUAUAUGACCCAAUAAAACAACCUUCCCUGGUCAUGGUGCAUAAAAAAAAUUCCAACAAACAUAGUCACACACUGCUAAUCAAACUUUGUGUGUAUUAUAAAACCCCAUUUGACGGCCGACGGAAGUGCUCAAGUCAGUGGCCAUUAAUUGUACACCAUAUAUGACACAAUCAAACAACCUUCCCUAGUCAUGGUGCAAAAAAAAUAGCUAGCACAAAAAUUCAACAAACAUGGUCACACACUGCUUAUUGAACUUUGUGGGUAGUAUAAAACCCCAUUUGACGGCCGUCGGAAGUACUCAAGUCAGUGUCCAUUAAUUGUACACCAAUGUGAAUUCAUGCCCAGCAUUAACUAAUGUGGCCCAAUCAAACAACCUUCCCUAGCCAUGGUGCAUAACAAAAUUUCAACAAAUGUGGUCACACGCUGCUCAUUGAACUUUGUGGGUUUUAUAAAGCACCAUUUGAGGGCCGACAAAAGUACUCAAGUCAUAUUGUACACCUUUGUAAAUAUACGCACAGCAUUUACUUGUAUGAUCCAAUCAAACAACCUGCCCUAGUCAUGGUGCACAAAAAAAAUAAACAAACAUGGUCACACACUGCUAAUUAAACGUUGUGAUUAUUAUAAAAGACCAUUUGAGGGCAGAUAGAAGUACUCGAGUCAGUGGCCAUUAAUUGUACACCAAUGUACACCAAUAAAUGCAUGCACAGCAUUAACUUAUAUGACCCAAUCAAACAACCUUCCCCAGUCAUGGUUUAUAAAACAUAAAUUCAACAAACAUGGACACACACUGUUCAUUCAACUUCGUUGGCCAUUGGAUGGCCAAAGAAAGUACUCAAAUCAAUUGCCAUUAAAAUUGUACACCGAUGUAAAUACACGCACAGCAUUACUUAUAUGACCCAAUUAAACAACCGUCCCUCGUCAUGGUGCAUAAAAAAUAAAAAUAAACUCAACAAACAUGGUCACACACUCCUCAUUGAACUUUGGGGGUAUUAUAAAACCAAUUUUGAAGGUCGACGAAAGUACUCAAGUCAGUGGCCAUUAUUUAUACUCCAAUGUAAAUACAUGCACAGAUUAACUCAUAUGACACAAUCAAACAACCUUUCCUGGUCAUGGUGCAUAAAAAAAAACCUUAACAAACAUGGUCACACACUGCUCAUUCAACUUUGUGGGUAUUAUAAAACCAAAUUUGAGGGUCGACGAAAGUACUCAAGUUAGUGGCCAAUAUUUAUAUUCCAAUGUAAUUACAUGCACAGAUUAAUUUAUAUGACACAAUCAAACAACCUUUCCUGGUCAUGGUGCAUAAAAAAAAAAAACCUCAACAAACAUGGUCACACACAGCUCAUUGAACGUUGUGGGUAUUUUAAAACACCAUUUGAGGGCCGACGAAAGUACUCAGGUCAGUGGCCAUUAAUUGUUCACCAAUGUAAAUACAUGCACAGCAACUACUUUAUGACCCAAUCAAACAACCUUCCCGGGUUGGGUGCAUAAAACAAAAAUUCAACAGACAUGGUCACACACUGCUCAUUCAACUUUGUGGGUAUAAUAAAACACCAUUUGAGGGCCUACAAAAGGACUCAAGUCAUCUUCUACACCAAUGUAAAUAGACCCACAACAUUUAGUUAUAUGACCCAAUCAAAACAACCUUCCCUGGUCAUGGUGCAAAAAAAAAAAAAAUCAACUAGCACAAAUAUUUAAAAAACGUGGUCACACACUGCUCAUUGAACUUGAAAUGGAUUUUUUCUUUUAUUUUAAAGCGUCCAAUCAGCAUAAAAAUGUAAACUACACACAUUCAAAUCCAUUACAAAGCAUGUUUGGCGCAUUUUAGCUGCUUGAUAUUUUUGACUGAUUACAAAACUUUAAGGAGGUUGUCGCGGAAGUAAACAAAGUAGAAGUUGAAUUUUUACAUACUCUUAAUAACCAAUUGUAAUAAUUAUUAAUUAUGAAUCCAUUACAUUAUUAUAAUAAUAUGUUACGGAAAUAGGCUAAACAGUUUGAAGUUGGAACAGUUUGAAUCAGAUGAAAAAUGAGGGAACUGUGGAACUUUGAAGAAUGUCCCAUUGAUUUCAAUGGGAAUUUAAGAAAAAAAAUGGGAACUUUGGAAAAAGUGGAAUCUCUUUGAAAAUGGUUGGGGUUGAAAUUGUUCAAAUCGGUCGAGAAAUGUUGAAGUAGUAACAUGUUGAAUUGAGAAAUGGUGUUACGAAAUUCCUGGAAUUUCAGGAAAACCGGGAAUUUUUCCGGUUCAAAAAGGCAACUUGUUUUUUUGUCUUGGUAAAGAAGAAUGUUUUGACAGUUGAAGUGCGUUGGAAGGAGUGGUCGGCAAACAAAAUGGUGGAAAUAGGGCUUUGGAAAAGCAGGAUUUCUAAAAAAACAUGGAAUUUUUUUCAACUUGGAAAAAAAGUAGUUGAAAUUUCCAGGAUGGUGGAAUGUGUUAAAGGUGGAAUGGUUUGAAUGGGUUUAGAAAUGUGGGAAUGGUGAAAGUUAGAAAAAUGGCUAAUCCAUUUUGGAAUGGGAAAAAUGUCCCUGAAAAACUGGAAUUCUGGAAAAUCGUGGAAUUUUUUCGAACCUGGAAAAAAGUUUGUUUAAAUUUCCAGGAUGGGUGGAAUGGUUCGAAUCGGUUAAACAAUGUGGAAAUGGUGAAAGCUUGAAAAAUGGCUAAUUCAUUUUGAAUGGGGAAGAAAGUCCCGGAAAACCUGGAAUUCUGGGAAAUCUGACGAAUUUUGGAAUUUUCAAGGGAAAGACCGCAAUUCUGGAAAUAGGCUGAGCAGUUUGAAAUUGGAACGGUUUGAAUUGGGUGAAAAAUGUGGAAGGUAGAAUCUGGAGAAGAAGAAGAAGAAUGAAUGUUUGGGAGCAUUCAAACAAUGAGCUGAGGGCCACAAAUGGCCCCCGGGCCGCACUUUGGACACCCCUGAUGUCUUUGCUAUUUGAACCAUCUUAGGUUUAAUUCUGAAAUAUACUUGUACAGAGCGUCCUCGCUCAAGAGGACAGAAUGCUUCAAUCUUUGUGUUUUUCUUUUGCUGUCAUUUUGCAGAUUUGGAACCCGAUCGAUCCACAGUUCCUUUGCAAACAGACCGAGACCCACUCAAGUGGUCUUGGUCCGCUUGUACUUGAAGUGACCCAAACAUGACAAAUGUGAAAGAGGGUGAUUAAAUAAGUCCAUUGUCCAUGUGUGGUCCAGGUAGUCCCAUCCGGACUGUAAAAUAUUGUACUUCUGGUGUGUUCAGUCUGCUGGAGACAAAAAGCAGGAGUUGCUCUCCAGCCCUGACUGUACAUAAAGAUGUUGAAUAAAAGAAAACCAGUGCCAUGGUUUUACCUCCUCA